UUCCUUGUUCUGUGUUUCUUUUAAGUAGUUUAAUGUCCUCACCACUUUAUUGAGUUGUUUCUCAGCUGCUUUCGUCAUUGGCUCUUGCAUAUAUCAUACUUCCAAUUAUCUAAAUGUAUAAAUAUAUUCAAAACAAGUCGAUAGUAAAAUGAACAUACAAAUAAAAGUGUGUUUCUCUACAGGUGACUAAAUUGGCAGCACUGCUAAAGAAAGUCCUGGAGAUCAUCAGGUCCAGUCAUGUGUGCGGUGAAUCGGAGCUGAACUGGGUUCAGUUCUUAGACGGAGCCGUCGACCACAACCUGCAGAAAGCCAAAGACCUGAUUCAGCAGGACAGCUAGUGUGUCUGUGCAGCUAAACUCUUGAAGGACGUGAACCUCCACUGUCCGACCAACAACUUCUCCCACCACACCAGUGACAUCUCCCUGACGGAGCUGUUUGUGAGGCGAGGUCUGGCCUUCACUCUGACCCUCACUCUGUCGCAGCCUUUCAAACCAAAACUUUACCCGCUCACCAUGGUCGCAAUGACAGGUUUGGUUACAUCCGAGGAACAGGGCACAAUUUCGUACUUUGGUAUCCCCGACAGCGUGAUCCGGUCACCGUCAGCAAAGGCUGUGUGGAAGGCAGCGCUUGAGGAGGAGAAGUCCUCCCCAGAGAAAGGCGUCUUGGUUCUAAACAUCACCCCCCCGGCUAACGCCCCCAUAGGAGCGUAUGUACUCACUGGGAAAUACAGGGAAGAGGAAAUGUUGCUGGCAAAGCCGGUGGUGUUCUUCAACCCCUGGUGUCCUGAUGACACGGUGUAUCUAUCUGACGAGAAGGAAAGACAAGAGUAUGUGAUGAGUGAACAAGGAAUCAUCUACGGAGGAUCUGGAAACUACAUCUUUGGCCGCACGUGGGACUUCGGACAGUUUGAGGACGACAUGGCGAGGAUUUGUAUUAAGUUGCUGGACGUUAACCCAAAACACGCGGAAAACCCAGCUGACGAUGUCUGUAGUCGCUCUGAUCCCGUCUACGUCAGCCGUGUGAUCAGCGCCAUGAUCAACUCUGAGGGCGACCAUGGCGUUGUGAUGGGAAGGUGGGGGGGUCCGUUUGCCGGCGGGUAUAAACCCACUCACUGGACCGGCAGCCACGCCAUCCUCAAACGCUGGUACGACUAUGGCUGCCAACCGGUCAAAUACGGCCAGUGCUGGGUGUUUGCUGGCGUGAUGUGUUCAGUGAUGCGUCUGCUGGGCAUCCCCUGCCGCGUGGUCACCAACUUCGAGUCAGCCCACGACACUAACAAAAAUCUGAUCAUCGACGUGUACUACGCAGACUACGGUGUCACAGAGAAAAAAUCUCCUGAUAGUGUUUGGAACUACCAUGUGUGGGUGGAGGGCUGGAUGAAACGUCCAGACCUGGAGGAAGGUGAUAAGUACGACGGCUGGCAAGUUCUGGAUCCGACACCACAGGAGACGAGCAACGGUGUUUACUGCUGCGGUCCAGCCUCGGUCAAAGCCAUCCGGAGCGGAAACAUCGACCUGAAGUACGACAUCCCGUUCAUCUUCGCUGAGGUCAACGCGGACUGUGUGGACUGGCUGGUCAAAGCUGACGGCUCGAAAAUGAAGUUAUUCUCCGACACCAAGAGAAUCGGUCAGAACAUCUCCACCAAGUCUGUCGGCUUGAGAAAGAGGAGGAACAUCACCGACACGUACAAGCACAGGGAGGGGUCCGACAAGGAGAGGGACGUCUUCAAGUACGCCCUCACCAGAGACCUCACCAUAGACAUGGAGGAGGGGGUCAGCGGGGUGGAGACGGAGAAUGACACAGGAGCAGAGAAUCAGACGGGAGGAGCAGGUGAAGAGAUUGAGGGGAACGGGGCAGUGAUCGAUACCUCGGGAGGAGCAGGUGAAGAGACGGAGGGGAACGGGGCAGUGAUCGAUACCUCGGGAGGAGCAGGUGAAGAGACGGAGGGGAACGGGGCAGUGAUCGAUACCUCGGGAGGAGCAGGUGAAGAGACGGAGGGGAACGGGGCAGUGAUCGAUACCUCGGGAGGAGCAGGUGAGGGCAUCCCGGAAGUCACGCCACCCUCCGAUGUGUCCAUGCGAUUUGAGGAGUUGUCCAAACCAAUGAACGGGAAGGACGUGAGCAUGAAGCUGUUGCUUCACAGCAAGUCCACUUCCUCCAGGCUGCUGUCCAUCAACAUCAGCGUCCAGGCCAUGGGCUACAACGGCUCCUCGGCCGGGAACAUCCAGUCCGAGGUGAAGGAGGAGACCAUGCAGCCUGGGACAGAACUGUCUGUCCCCAUCCUGGUCCCGUUCUCGGCCUAUCACAAGCUCAUGGUGGAGUGUGACAGCAUGAAGGUCACAGCCAUGGUCAAUGACAAAUACAAGCCGGAGCAAGUCUACCUGGCGGAGAAUGACAUUGUGCUGACGGAUCCUCCUUUCACCUUAACAGUUUCCAGUACGACCAGACUGCAACAAGAAACCAGUGGAGUAUUGAUUUUCAAGAACCCGGUAGACGAGACGCUGACGGGAUGCACACUGACUCUGUCUGGAAGUGGAAUAUUUAAAAAGGAGGAGGACUGCAGGCUCCCGGACCUGGCACCAAAACAACAGUUCCGUAUCAACAUCUUCUUUUAUCCCUACAAGACGGGAAAGAAGAUGAUCACGGCCGUCUUCGACUGCUCCACCUUCAGGGACAUCCAGGCCACCUGCAAGAUCGAGGUCAAAGAGUAACGUCUCAACUCCGCAGAGUCUCGUUCUAAGGUCACAAGCUAAAACAAAAAAAAUGCUAAAAUCUUCGGCGGCUUAAAGGAGAUUUAUUGAGCUCAUGUUCAGGUUUGUCUGGGUCCGAUGUCUUCGCUACAACAGGAACUAUUUUUCAUCCAUCCCGUGUCACGAAAGUUAUCAACAAACACACACUCUCGCUCGCUGUGAUUGUUCUAGACAUUCCUCCGCUAUUUCAGGAAAAUGUCUAGAGUUCACUGCGGCUCUAAAAACAGCUUUAACUUUCACUUCAUUAAGUUACCUCAAUAAGAGAGAUAACAAACAUGUGUUUCUCAGUCAAAUAUCGGUGCAGGGUACAAAAAGCUUUUCAACAAACCGCUGUGAACUUCACUCAGAACCAAAAAGCUUUCUCGCAGCUUCGCAUUAUUCACUUUUAUAUGAUAAAGCCCGGUGAUGGACCACUGCUUAAAAAAGAGGAAGAACGAGAAAGAUGCCAAACAUACGACACAUGAACAUUUACAUGUAUCUGCUUAAAUUCGUUGAUUUCUUUUAAGGUCUGGCUUGGAUCCUAGCUGGUUUUUAAAGUCUGAUCCUAAAACUAGAUUCUCAUCAGAAUGUUUCAAUUUGCUUGAACAAUGUAACUCAGUUGUUUUUGUCUUGAGGAUAAAUCUCCGACUCUCCGACUUUACCUUGAAUAAAAAAAAUUUAAAAAAAAGUAUUCGUUGUGCU